UCGAAAAAUUGAAAAAAGUGUCUGGAGAUAUUAAUGUUUCAGUUGUGUUAGUAUAUUUUUAACAAGUUUGGCUAAACAUUCUCUGAACCAGCUGCUGAAACUGGUUGAGUGAGACAGACUUUAAUAGAUAAAACUCUGAAAGAAGCAGGAGAUGUCACAGAAACAUUUUGCAUUCUACAUUUGAGACUAUUGUCAGCCACAGAAAAUAUAUUUUGAUUGUAACUAAAAGAUUAAUGCAAGUGGCUACAAUGAUUGUUUCUUGCAGUAAAGAGUGUUAUUACCGUAUGCGCAAUUAAACCACCUUCUUAAGGCUUUGCCACAUAGCUGAAAUUUCAUGAGCACUGAUGAACAAUACCGUCAAUGGACAUACCUGAGGAUUUUCCAUAUAUUAUCAUGAGUAAUACCUUUGUAUCACUACUGAAUGAAUUUUUUUUUUUUUGAAGAAACAAGGACUUUCUUAUUGUGUCUGUUGUUCAUUAUCCAUAAAAUUACAGCUCUGUGACGGCACCUUAAAUGAGACAUAGUUACACUAAAAUUCUUUGCAUUUCUUUACAAGACCCUGUGGAGAAGAAUGAAAAAACAACAGAAAUGGAUGCCGGUGGUGAAAGCAGUGUCAACAACACAGCUGAGGACACUAUUCAAGAAACAGAACAAAGUCAGGAAAAACUUACAGGACCCAUAGAGGACGAUAAGAUAGAAGAAACUGAAGUAAUGGAUGCCGAUGGUGAAAACAGUGUCAACAACACAGCUGAGGACACUAUUCAAGAAACAGAACAAAGUAAACAAAGCAGUAAGAAGAUACAUACAAUUUAAUACAUGUAUUUAGAUUUUUUGUGCUUAAGUAACCAGGUCCUCACAAACAGCCAUUCCGAAAAAAGUGUCCCAUUUCAGAAUUGAAAAAAUCAAAAAAUUAUGGUUUGCGGUUUCGUAGAAUACCAACAAUUUCAUAAUGUACAAGGUGUCAAGUUAAAAAUCUGAAAAUUCCAUCCACCAACUAAUUUGCGUUUCAAAGAUAUGAAUAUUUAUUUAUAUGGACCUAAAUUUACGAGUAACGGAGGUUAAUUUCUGGUUCAUAAGAUUUCUUGGGCAACGUUUAUGUCAUUUGAUACAACUAAUGCACAUUUUCAACACAUCUGUACUCUACAAACCCUGAAUAAGAUAAUAAAUGUGCUAUCAGUCCAACUUAGACAAAAAGUUGCUCUAGAUGUGCCUAUUUUAAUAUUGCAUUGUUUCCCAACAAACAAUUUUUAUUUUCUUCUGUUAAUAUUUUGUUAGCUAGAUGAAAUUAUUUCAAAUAAGGUAUCUUUAGUUAUGCAAAAAAAAAAUGUCAGAAUGUGAUCAAAAAGAAGGUGUCAUUUUUUUCUGACAAUUCAUUCAAUUAUAAUGUAACCGUUUGUGAUUUUCAAACCAGGUGAUAAGUAACGGAUGUUAAACUUUUGAAUCAAGUAGUUUUAUUUUGUAAUAUUUAUAUAUUAUAGAUUGCACAAUCUUUUUGUUAUCAUAAUGCAACAGUUAAAUGAUACUGCCGAAUCUGUAACGGAACA